UCAACGAAUGAAAAGCACACAUCUAGGUGACCAUAAUAGCACAUGCUAGCACGUCGUAUUGUGAUAUGUAAGAAGUCUAAUAUUUUGUAAACAGUUGUUUGUUGAAGAUCCAGAUGAUGGCCACAACGGUGGCAACACCCGUCACGCCAACAGAAUCCGACCAAGGCCGGAGCGUCAGUGAAGAAGAACCCCGAGGGAACGAGGCAGAUGAGGAAAGCCAACAAACGGGGCCCGUAGCAAGUGUUACGCACAGCCGUGUCUCCAAACUCCCCCUGGCUCGAAUCAAGGCGCUGAUGAAGGCAGACCCCGAUGUGUCACUCGCAAGUCAAGAGUCUGUAUUCAUAAUCGCGAAGGCCACGGAAUUGUUUGUUGAGAUGAUUGCCAAGGAUUCCCUCGUCUAUGCCCAACAAGGAAAAAGGAAAACUUUGCAGAGGAAAGAUUUGGACAAUGCGAUAGAGGCCAUUGAUGAGUUUGCUUUCCUUGAAGGUACAUUGGACUGAUGGCUUGGUCUAAACCACACAUAUACCAGACAUUUUCCACUUAAAAUCGGGUGGUAAUUUUUUCUAAACCUCAUUUGUAAAUGCCAUUGUGCCAUCAAUCGUUUUCCUCAUUUAACAAAACCUUUGCUGUGCUUAGUGAUGUAUUAUACAUUGUCAUCUGCGUUUUAUGUUGUAAAUAGGUGUAUUGUAAAAUAGUCCCUAUAAAACAUGAGUAACUUUUUGCCAGUUUUGAUUAUUUGUAUUGUGAAGUAACAAUUCAACUAUUUUAAUAAAGUUGUCAUGUUUUCUAA